UCAAUUCUCAGAUCUUGGCUCUUGUAUAUAUACAAAAGAAGCUGUGCCUGUUCGUUUGCUCGGUGUCUUUGCAGUGGAGAUGGCGGCACUCAGAAGACUCAUCACCGGAUCCUCCAAGCCCUCUUUCCUUCUUAUUUCCCGAAGAGGUAUCGCCUCUAAGCUCUUCGUUGGAGGUCUGUCCUUUUAUACCACGGAGAAAGGGCUAUCAGAUGCAUUUUCUCAGUAUGGUCAAGUUAUGGAAGCCAAAAUUGUAAUGGAUAGAGUUUCAGAUAGAUCGAAAGGUUUCGGAUUUGUUACUUAUGCAUCGGAAGAUGAAGCCGAGAAAGCAAUAGCUGAGAUGAAUGGAAAGGAUUUGAAUGGGCGUGCCAUUUUUGUGGACUAUGCUAAACCCAAACAAAAUUUCAGCGGUGGAAUGCCUAUUGCAAGGGGACCUCCAUCGGAUUCGGCCAAUAAAAUACAUUUCCAAGACACCGGCGUUGAAAAUUAGUCAUUUCGGUUUCAUAUAGCUGCCCAGAGGACUGCACAGCAACAGAAGCAAGAAGUCAUAGAAGUUUGCAUAAAAAUGUUUUUAGGCCAACGAUUCUGGAAGAACAGUGGGAAAAUGUUACAUAGGUUGUUUUAGCCUUCGAGUGUAUGUUAUAGUUGCUUGGUUGGAUACAAUGUCCGUACACUGUUUUGAAGCAGCAUAUACUUAAAGCUGAAUGCAAGAAGAAUAGUUAAGGUAGAUUGGUCUUGAAUCUUACUCGAGUAUUUUUUAUUCUCUUUAUCCAGUAAACUAUUUUCCUUUCUAACUAAGCUUAGUUUAUUUCAAAUUGCCGAACCUUGGUUACUUCACCAGUGUGGUCUGAAUGCAUAU